AUGUCUGCAUACUACCACUACAACGCUCACCAAGUGCACCCCGCCCCUGUGUCGCACAACCACCACGGUGGUCGAAAUCGCAGAGCUCCUCGCCUCUCUGUUUCUCAACAAGCUCAGCGCCAGUACCGCGGCGUCCGCAGCAUCAAGGAGUUCAACGAGACCGCCUCCCUCUCGACCUUCCGCAAUAAGUUUGAGACCAGCCGCUCAUUUGAUCUUGAAGAUGACAUGGAGUUCUGCCCCGGUCUGUUGACCGAGACUGACUUGGUCUCCAUUUCCAGCUCAUCCGAGCGCUCCUCAUUAGCCAGUAACUCGCCCGACUCUUCCCCCACGCAACACCCCAACACUGUUGCUCCUGGCUUCUCUCUCAACUCAACAUCUCCCGCUUUCAUCCCUCCCACCUACCAGCAACAACCAAGCAUGAAGCUUCACCAGCCCUCGGCCACCCGCGGCCGCAAUGCCAUUCCCAUUAUCAACCCCGCUACCGGCAUUACCAUGUCAAGCCCUCCCCAGUCAGUAUCACCUGGCAGGAUGCAACAGUCGAUGCGUCGGUGGUAA